AUGGAUCGUCUGCCGGACGAGGUCGUCCUCCAGAUAUUGUCAUACCUUGACGUAGAACAUCUCGUGCAGCUGCAGCUCGUGUCACAGCGCUACCUGACUCUCGGUCGCGAUAACGCCUUGUGGAAGAUGGAAUGCUUCAAUCACUCCAAAGCAGAGGCUCUGCGGCUACGGCAGCAACGUCUGAAUGUCCAAGAUGCCAGUCUGGCUGAAUUACGAAAUGCAUAUGCUGCUCUGCCCGGCAGCGACCUCACACCGUUGGAUGUUGCUCACCUCAUGGGUAGAAGACAACCACUAGCAUCAAAUGACCCAGAGGCUGAAGAACGCAUUCAACGCAGUAGAGCGCUAGCAAGCUGGGAGCCAGGCUAUCCAAACGAAAGGCUGAACUAUUAUGAUGAGUACAUCCACCGACAUGCUCCAAUCUCCAUGGCAUGGAUGGACCUACCCAAGACCCUUGACAGAGACGAGGUGCGCGAAGCUACAGGAGUUGGUAUGCAUAUCGAUCAGCAGUCCAGCGAACAUGUGAUAGCUCCUCUGGACGACGGCAGCGUAUGUAUUUGGGAUGUGUCUGCCCGAUCAACUUACUUAAGGGGAGGUGGUGGCCGCUUGGUUGCUCAGACCAAACCUGGCCUUCUCACAGGUCAGGCGGCAGACGCUACCUCGGAGAGUCAUGCCAUCAUGACAGAAACAGGCGCAGUAGAAUGCGUGUCCAUCGACAGCUCGGCCACGAAAGGGUAUUUCGCGGUGCAGAACCUCCUUCAAGAGGUCGACUUGAACACCCUGCAAAUCUCCUCAACGAAACAGUACCCAUUCCCCAUCACGGCACUAUCAGAGCAGAAAAACAAGAUACCUCUCACAGUAGGCACCAACAUGACCAUCCACCUCCACGACCCGCGAGACCCAGCAUUCGCAGCGGCAGAAUCAGGCUCAGCAGGCGAGCUCAUCGGCGGAUCUCUCUACUCCCACGCAACCCUCGCCCAACCAGGGCCCCUCUCAAUCCUCCACCACGACGGAUUUGGGCCCUCAGACGAAUCAAUCUGGGUCGCUGGCCGCUUUACUUCCCUCCUAAACUACGACCGACGCUUCUUUCCCCGACUACGCGGCACAGUCUUUAGCGGCGCCCGCAUCGCCAGCCUCAGCCCACUCCCCUACCCCUUCAUCCCACGAAGUCUAGACCUCAUACGAAACCCCAGCGCCACCAUCUCCGAACUGCAGGCAGCCAAAAGCAGAAUCGGCACGAGCAUCCUCGCAGCAGGCGAGUACAAAGGCAAAGGCUCGCUAGAACUCUUCGGCUCGCCAGAUCUCCAAUCCUACAUGAACCGCCAAACCGCUUCCGCAUCCAAACUCCUCUGCGCGGCACCCCACGGCGGGCGCAUUGUCUUCAGCGACGGGGACGGCCAUCUGAAGUGGAUGGAACGGGACGGUUUCUCGCACGUCAGGACGUUCAACAUCAACGACACACUCCCCUCAGACAGCACCACAGACGCCACAACCUCCGGCAUCUUCUCCUCCACCGCCUCCGAAGUGCCCGGGCAAGGCGACAUCGUGCAGAAAAUCGUCCCCUUGCAAACCCUUUCUUCCAUCACAGCCAUCGAGCACGGAAGAUUGGAUAUCUCCCAAUCCAAUCUCCUCCUCUGGACGGGCGAUGGACGGCUGGGUGUGUUGGGUUUCGGACACGGGAGUGUCUUUGGGGAGGACGAGUGGCACGAUGCGGUGGAGGAGCAGGCGCAGACGGCGGAGCAGAGCGCGAAAGCGGAUGCGGAGAGACAGUAUGGGAUGGCGAUGCGGAGGGCGUUGGAGAGGAAUGCGGAUGAGGUGAGGUUUGUGAGGGGGUUGGGGAUGGGGUUUAUGCGGUAG